CGGCGCAAAUGUCUUUUAAGCAAUGACAAAUUUUUAAUUAACUGAAAGAACUAAAAUCUAAUAGACCAAAAGGGGCAGUUUUUAUUAAUCGAUGUUAAAAACCAUAGCUUUUUUAACUUUAAAGAAGUCUUUGAUGGUCAUGGUUUCUUUGGAAUUCUUGAUUGUUUCUUUGAAAGGCUCGAAUGAAAAAUAUGAUUAUUAAAAAUCCCUGAUUAGGAAUAUUUCCGAUUACUUGAUUGAAAAAAAUUGAUAAUGGCAGUAUAUGAUCCAGAUGAAGAUACAGAAUAUCUCAUGAGUGAUUAUGAUGAUUAUCAAGUUAUUCCAAGGCCGCAGGAAUUAAUUGAUGAGCAACUGCGGUCCAGUUCCAAGAAAUGUUCAAAAAGAAAAUCAGAAACUAGCCGAAAAGAGUCUAGACGAUCUAAAGCGGAAAAGAAUUCAAAAAUAAAAAAAGAUACUAGUAAAGAUGGAAAGAAACACCGAUCACACUCAAAAGAAAAAGUCUCCAAAUCUCAUUUGAGCUCUGUGGUGGCUAAGAAAGAAAGAGGAGAUGAGUUGGAGCAAAAGUUCCAAUCUUUUUUGGCUGGUGCUAACACAACUUUGAGCAAAAAUAAAAUGGAAAUUACAUCCAAGCAUUCUGGUCCUGAUGUUGAAGAGAAUGUAAAAGACAGCUGUGGUGCAUAUGAUCAGUUACUGAAAUUACUGGAGCAACCAGCUGUGACAGCAGAAGAAAGACUGAAGAUUCUUAUUGCUAGAGAUACUGCAAUUCGUCUAAAAGAAGCUAAGAGAGGAGAAUCAAAACAGAAGAAAAUUUUUGGAUGCUGUCCAGACAUGUGCCCAGAAAAAGAAAGAUACAGUCGUCUAGCCAAGAAUUGCUUAUCUGCUUUAGAAUAUAAUAGUGCCUUUGAUUCCACGCUUUCAAGAGAGGCCAAUCACAGAUACAUGGUGAAAGAAUACAGUCGUUCAUCUGCCGAUCAGCUCCUUCCCUUACCUCAUGAGUUGAGACCUGCUUCUGUGUUAAUAUUUACCAUGAAUUAUUUGAUAUGUAACAUAAUGGAUCUAAAAAUGGAUAACAUUUCAAUAAGCGAUUGGUAUGAUUUCAUAUGGAAUAGAACACGAUCAAUCAGAAAGGACCUCACACAGCAAGAACUCUGUGAUAAAGAAUGUGUACAGAUUAUUGAGAAAUGUAUUAGGUUCCAUAUACAUUGUGCAGAAGCUUUAUCUGAAGAAGAUCUUGCCACUUUUGAUCCAAAGAUAAACAAUGAAAAUCUCACAAAAUGUCUUCAGACUUUGAAGCACAUGUAUCAUGAUUUGCAAUCAAAGGGGAUCAGUUGUCCUAAUGAAGCAGAAUUUCGUGCUUAUGAUAUUUUACUGAGUCUAACAGAAGGUGAAACUCUCAGGCUUAUUAAGGAUAUCAGAAAAGAAAUUUUGAAAUCUCCUCUUGUAAAAAGUGCCUUUCAGGCAGCCUUAGCUUUUAAAAGUCAGAAUUUUGUUAAGUUUUUUAAUAUUUUUGCAAAAGCUACAUACUUAAGUAGUUGCAUCAUGCACCGCUACGUAAAUCAAGCACGUGAACAGGCCUUGCAAGUUAUGGUUCGAGCAUAUUCAACUGCAAACCAUUCAACUUCGUAUCCUACUCUCAAUUUGGUAAGAGAUUUGAAAUUUGAAAAUGUGGAUGAAGCUAUUAAUUUUUGCAAAUUCUAUGGUUUUUCAUCUAAUGAAACAAGUGUGACCAUUGAAAGAACUGCAUAUAGUAAGCCUGCUUCCUUGCCUCCUGUUUCAAGAUCAUAUUUUCUUAUUGGGAAGAAGUUAACCACUUCUCUUGGUGAGAUCAUAAAUAAUGGUCCUUUACCAAAAAAUCCUCUUGACUGGUACACGCCACAUGAAAGUUUUGACGAGAGAAAUAUGCUCAAAACUGAAAGUAUUGAUGCUGUUGAUCAAGAGUUUACUUCAUUGAAAUCAUCAAAUAGCAGUUACCUUGAAGAAGUGCCAAAAUCUACUACUACCAGUGCUUCUACUACAUUUCUUAUUGAGUCAAAACGUGAUUUUGCUUUUAAAGAUACCUUCCUGAAAUCUCAAUUAACUAACUUAAAAACUUCAAAGCUAACUGACUUAAAAACUUCAAAGAUGAUAGAUACUCCAGGUUUAAAGAAAUUUUCCGCAUUCUUGAAAAACGAUUCUGCUCCAAAAGUCUCAUUGGAAGCCAAAAGCUCUGAAGGUUUCAAAAUAAAAUCAGAUACAGACAACUUGUCACUGUUUUUUCAAAAACCACAGAAGACUGAUGAAAAAAGUUACGCAGUUCAUUCAAGUGAUGGCGAAAGUUCAGUUUUAACUACAAGUGUUGUAAGUAAACAUGAUUUGGAUAAGAGCAAACAUUUUGUAUCUGACCUUUCCGGUGAUAAAUAUGGACAAAUAACUUCAAAAGCACAAGACACUGUGUCUAAACCUGCUGGGAAAAAUAUAAUAGAUACUGAACAGACCAAACAAAGCAAAACUGAUGUAAAAUUGACAGAAAUGUUUUUUCCUGCAAAAUUUUCGUCUUUUGCGGAUGCUGCUUUGAAAAGUCCGCUUGCUAAGAGUUUCUCAACAGUUUUAGGGAAUGAUGAUCCAGUAGACAAAAUUGAUACUUCUCUUCCAUCACUUCCUCCUGUAAGGAGUCUACCAACUGACUUAUUUAAGCAUGUGGGUUCUGAAGCAGAUUCAACUAAUGUGGUCGACUUGCCUGACAGGUUGUCGGAUGAAAACUCAAUACUCAGCUUGGAGGCUGCAGAAUCCUCAUUAAGUGUGGAAUCUUUGCUGCAAGUUGAAGAGGAUUUAAUCUCUAAAAUACAAGAAGAAGAAAACCUUUUAGAAGAGGAAGCGUGCGAUGAUAUCCUAGAAGUAAUUUGUUCUGAGUAUAUGAGAGAAAGCCUCGAGAAAAUUUGUAAAGAUGUAAUUUCCGAUGAGCUAAAAGUGAAGGCUCAACUUGAUGAUACAUUGCUGAAAAUAAGGCUAGAACUUGCUGAGAAAGCAUUUUUCAAAUGGAAAUUAUUCUGUGAAAGAAGAAAGCUUAGGAAAAUUCAGGAAAACAAUGUACCUAACUCUCCAUGGGUGCCGAUGUUAACCAAUACAGAAUAUUUCACUUCUGGUGUUUCUAGUCCAGUUUCUAUUUAUAAAAAACACUGCUCUCUCUCAAAAAUGAUUGAUAAGAAAAUUAAAGAAAAAUCGCAAGUUAAGCCUGGCUGGGAACGUUUCAAAGCAAAUGAUUUCUCUCACUUAUGGAAAUUACAAAACAUUUAUCCUGUUUAUCUUGAAAACAGUGGAUUGAUCAAGUUUUUCAAGUUGAAUCUAGUUUUCCCUGACUGUAACUAUGAAAUGUCUCAAACUAAAGACUGGAUAAAGUCAAAAUUUUUCUUAUGUGAAAGUUCUGAAAUUGCAGACAGUAAAUCAAACCUUUUGAGCUUCUACACUUUGAGUACGGGGAAAAUUGUUUUUUGUGCAAGAGCAUUGAUGCUAGAAACAGAAAAACCUUUUGACUGUUUUGAUUAUUUAGAUGGGAUUUCUGCCAUGCUUUUAUUUUUACCCGAAAAUUUUCCCAACUCAGAGGUUUUUGAGAAUUUUUUGCAGAGUUUCAGUUGCCUUCUUAAUGCAGAUAAGCUCAUGUAUGCAUACCCCUUAUUUGUGUUCUUAGUCCCAUCUAAGGAAAAGUAUUCUAUUGUGUCACGACUUGACUCAUAUUUGGAUGAAAAUUUGCAGUGUGGAAUGUUUUCAGUUUUUAAUAUGAAAAUACUUAUGAACGAUCAAACAGAGGGUUCCAAACAACUACUUUUGGCUGUUAAUUGGUUAAUUGAAAAACAGAAGGUUUACCCCACCAUUUUGAAGUCUACAAUUAAGGAUUUUCUUGAUGACUCUUUUGCCUUCGCCUUCAGCAUUUUGUACAGAAAAGUUCCUUUAAUUGAAUUUAAGCUUCUGAAAAUGAUGCCUCAUCAGCUGAUAGAAAUUUAUAAUAAAGCUUUGAGCAUUAGAGCUUCACUUCUGGUUUCAGAUUUGCUUCACAGAGUUGCUAUGAGUUGGCCACCAACAGAGCUUAAAUAUUAUUGCAGAAAGGAAGCGUUUGUUGAUAUGGAAGUUCAAAGGGAAACUGAGGAAUUUAUGAAAAAACUUUUAUUGCCUGAAUUUGACGGAGACCCAAGAAUCCAUGAAGAUGUGUGGAUAUAUGUUGAAAAAGUUGUUCAUAUUUCCAGUUGUAAUUUCAACAUGCUGAUUGUAAGUGUGGAAAGCAUUUUGGAAAGGUCUAUCCCUAUUGAUUGGCUUAGUAUCAUAAAUAAGUGUGCCUAUCAUCUUGUGUCCAGUCAAAGCAUUGCAUUUUUACAAAACUUGAAAGAGAGAAAGAAAAGAAAUAUCAUAUACUACAUGAAAGAUGACAUAGACGCUUUUGAUUUAGAGGAUAUUUGGCAAGAGACAUUACUAGAUUUGAAUGAGUUCCAUUUCAACAGGAAACGGAAACAGUUGGUAUUAGACGAAUUGUUGUGUAAGAAACAGAAGUUGGAGGCUUUCAAUGAAGUUCCUGAAGCAUCUGUUUUAUCUACUUCAGUAAAACCUGCAGGUUUAUCUGAUUCAGUGAAUCUGCAACUAGAAUCAAUAUUUUCUCCAUUGAGAGAAGCAUUAAAGAAGUGCACAACAGAAAGUAAUGAAUUUCAGUGCAGACUGGAUGAGACCAUUAAAAGUGAUAACAUCAUAGAAGAUGUGCCUUCAUUCAUGGAUAAAACAAGUGAAAGAAAUAUUUUGAAUGUCAAAUACCCCUACUUAUCACAAAUGAGUAUGGAAAAAUUGAGCGAAUCACUUAAAUUUACUCAAUCAAAUUUAAAUAACUCUGAUUGUAUUUUAUUAAAAUUAUGA